AUGAAAGAUGUCUUUGGUAAUAUUCAAUCCUUGGAAGAAAGAGGAAACAAAUAUAAAAAAUUAACAAACAAAAUUUUGCACAUGAUAUGCAAAGACUGUCAAGCGAUAGCCACUGUCGAAAGAAAAGGCUUCAAAGAUUUAAUAAAGUAUGCUGCUCCGAAUUAUAGAAUGCCAAGCAAAAAAACUUUUGCGAGUUACCUUGAUAAGAAAUACGAUGAAAUUUCGGAUAUUUACAAAGAAAGAUUGAAAGGUGUAGCAGACAUAACUUUAACGACAGAUUUGUGGACUGACACUCUAAAUACAAGGAUUUUUCUUGGAAUCACGGUCCAUUUCUUAGAUGGCUCAAAGAUGGCCACCGUAAUACUAGGUUGCUACGAAUUCCCUAAGUCCCACACAUCUGCUAAUAUCACAGAAAAGAUUCAAGAAGCUUGUGCAGACCGGGGCAUCAGAAAAGACCAGUUAUCUGCAAUUGUAACCGACAACGCUUCAAAUGUCGUUAAAGCAGUUAAAGAUUUUCUGGAAGUUGAAGGCCACAUAGGGUGUGCUGCGCGCAAAAUCAAUUUGAUUGCACAAAACUCCAUAGAAGGCGUAACAGGUUUACCAGGUUUAAUUCAGAAAGUGAGGAAUAUUGUCACUUGGUGCAAGCACUCAAACAAGGCAAGUUACGAACUGAAGGCCGGCUCUUUACUCAAAUUGGAACAAGGUGUGAAGACUAGGUGGAAUUCAACUUUCUACAUGAUCGUCAGGUUUAUUGAAAUACGUGAUCCAGCUCGCAUGGUUACUCCAAAAGAGAUCGAAGAACUGAUAAAAGUUUCAAAAAUUUUGAAGCCACUAGCAAAAAUUACGCGUGAGUGGUCAGCAGAGAAGUAUGUUACUAUCAGUAAGGUGAUCCCGACGAUAAGUGGUUUAAGGGAAGAGCUGAGCACAAUGAAAAUAGAAAGUAACCUAGCAAAUAACCUCAAAACUAAAAUGCUAGAUGAAAUUAAACUGUGUUUUGGUCUGAUGGAAGAAGUGAAACAUUUUGCAGCAGCAACUCUUUUGGAUCCAAGCUUCGAAAAAAUUGAUUUCAAAGACCUCUCACGAUGUGCACGAGCUAUUGCUAUUGUGAAAAACAGUCCGGAAGUAUCAAUUUGGGCGAGACACCACAAACUUGCUGAGCGGGACCAACGGAGGAAACUGGAUAUAACAGACGAAUUGCCACCUGAACUCAGUCUAUUUCUCCGAAAUCUAGUUAUCUCACUCAAAACGGACCCAAUAAAGUGGUGGGUGGAUAAUAAAAGUUCAUACCCCUUACUCACAUCAAUUGCUUUAAGAUACAUCACCAUUAUGGCUACUUCUAUUCCCUCUGAAAGGCUUUUCUCAAAGGCAGGAGAGAACAUGACUGCCUGA